GCCACCCAACAGGAUUAUGUGAACACUGCAAUAUGCUGGAAUCAGUAGAGCACAUCAUUUGCCAUUACCAGAAGUUCGUAGUGGAGAGAGACAGGCUGAAGAGGAAGCUGGAAGUAGAGGAAAUACAGUUAAAGGAUGCAUUAACCUUGGGUGCAGGAAAGGUGUUGCAAUAUCUGAAGGAAACUGGGUUGAGUGGAAGGAUAUGGGUUAGGUGUUAAUAUAUAGAUAUAGAUUUUGUUGUUGUUGUUGUUGCUGUUUUGUUUUUGGUUUCAUUAAUUUAAUUUAAAUUUUGGAGGGAUAGAGAACUCUGGUCCAUACCCCAGUACAGUAGGUGGCGGUAAUGCACCUUUUGUUGGAUGCCAUCCGCCAUAAAACCCCAAAAAGAAGAAGAAGAAGAAGAAGAGGAGUUGGCCACACCUUUUUCUCUUGUGAGCACUUCUUUAUCGCCUCUGAACCGCGCGGGUUACAUCUGAAACCAUGGCCCAGGACAUGACUCUGCUGUGGGGCUCCGGCUCUCCGCCCUGCUGGAGGGUCAUGAUCGCGCUGGAGGAGAAGAACCUGCAGGGCUACAACCAGAAGCUGCUCUCGUUUGAGAAGGGGGAGCACAAGUCACCGGAAGUGUUAGAUAUGAACGCCAGGGGACAGCUUCCCUCUUUCAAACACGGAGACGUCGUCGUGAACGAGUCCUACGCCGUCUGUUUCUACCUGGAGAGUCAGUUUAAGUCUGAGGGAAAUCAACUGAUCCCAGACAGCCCUGCCGAACAGGCCCUGAUGUACCAACGCAUGUUUGAGGGUCUCUCCUUCUACGAAAAACUCAAUGCAGUUAUCUACUAUGAGUGGUUUGUCCCUGAAGAAGAGAGGCAUGACUCUGCUCUAAAGAGAAACAGGGAAGCUCUGGCCACUGAGCUCAAGCUCUGGGAGGGUUACCUGCAGAAGGUAGUGCAUGUGCAACACGCACACACAAACAUGCAUGCAUGUACACCCACACACACAUGUGCACGUUCAAACAUAGCUUUAUUUUUCACCUCUUUCCAGCUGAGCUCGGGCUCUCACCUGGCAGGACAGUCCUUCUCUCUGGCAGAUGUGACCGUCUUUCCAACUGUUGCUACUCUCUUCAGAUUCGGAUUGUCUGCCGAGCGUUACCCGAAACUGGGAGAGUACCACGCUCUGCUGAAGGAGCGGCCCGGCAUCAAAGCCAGCUGGCCUCCUCACUGGCUGGAGAACCCCGAGGGACAAGACGCACUCAAAGACGUCUGAGGGUCACGGACUUUACAGCCGAGUCUCCCUGUACUGUUUUGGUUUCCAUAAAAAAUGCUUUUGGUCAACAUAGUUCCAGCUCACACGUUGUCAAAUGUGAUAACGCUCUUUUAGUUAUUUCUGCUAAUGAAUAGGAGAAAAAGUGUUCAGAUUACCAGUCCUGAGUGUUCCUGUUGCAGCAACAGAAAUGUGCUUGUUGUCAAACUCGCCUUUUUAAAAAAAUUUUAGUUUGAAGGUUUUUGCCAGUCAUGUUUCUGUCAAAGCUUUGCCAAUAAAUCAGUUGAUAAACAC